AAGAAGGUCAGCAUGGACGUGAAGCAUCGUGCAGUCAAGCUGUCGGUCCAUCCGUCCAGAGGACUGGUGGACGAUAAGUUUGUCAUUGUGGUCCAGAGUGUGCCCCCUGGUGUCCAGCUCACCGUCCACGCCUUCCAUCGCUGCGAGGGCGGACACGGCUGGGAGGCGUUUGCUCACUAUGUGUCCGAUGCCGGCGGCUCGGUUAACGUGUCCCAGCAUGCCAGCAUGGGGGGGACGUACUCCGGGGUGGAACAGAUGGGUCUCCUGUGGAGCCUCAGACCAGUUCCAGGCAGCAAACCUGGACUCAGGUUGAAGAAGAUGAAUGUGCAGACCCCCAUGGAGUUCACCAUCUCAGUGCAUCUGGGUUACCGAACUGAGGGCUUCAUGGACCAGGUGGCGCUGGCCUCUCAAGUGGUGGAACGCUGGUACAUGGCGCCCGGCGUCCGCAGGAUCCCCGUCACAAAGGACAAACUUUCCGCGACCCUCUUCCUGCCCUCAGGACCCGGACCUUUCCCCGCCAUCCUUGACCUCUGGGGUGCAAGCCAGCUGGUGGAGUAUCGGGCCGCGCUGCUCGCCUCCCGCGGCUUCGCUUCGCUGGCUCUUGACUACCUGACCCCUAAAAUCACCCAGGAUACGAGCAAUACGAUGGAAAACUCGUACUUUGAGAAGGCCUUCGGGUUCCUGCAGCAGCACCCGCAGGUGCUGGCCAACUGCAUCGCCAUGUUGGGCCUCUCCUUUGGCUGCAGCAUCACGCUCAGGAUGCUGGCUUACUCGGAUGUUGUAAAGCCCACGUGUGCAGUGUGCAUCAGUGGAACUCACGUGCAGCCAAUCAUAGCCAAGCAGGAGGAUAUAUUUUCUUUCUAUAAGCAGUACUCAGACAAGAUUCAAGUCAACGAGAAGAACCAGAAGAUCAUGAAAAUGAUGUUGCUGCCCAUCACCAGCGACCCCACCCUCAAAGUGGACGUGGGACGUGUGCAGUGUCCUCUGCUGCUGGUGGUGGGUGAGGACGAUCAGAACUUGCCCUCCUCCGAGUCUGCUGUAGAUAUGAAGGAGAUGAUGGAGCGGGCGGGGAACAGCCACCUGUUGACCAUCCUGUCUUUCCCCGACACGGGUCACCUGAUUGAGCCUCCGUACUCGCCACACACCGAAGCCAGCUCCUUCCGCUCCAUCAUCACCCAGCAGAAGACCACAGCUCUGUGGGGAGGACAAUGCGUGGCCCACGCGUACGCUCAGGAAGACUCCUGGAAGAAGAUGCUGGCCUUCUUCCACCACCAUCUGUACGCCGCCCACUACAGCCCCCCUGCGAGCCGACUGACGGCUAAGUUUUGAUCAGCGCCUGAAGCAGCACAAGGAUAAGCAGCUAAUUAACGUAUCAAGCAAUACGAUAUUGGUUUGAAAUAAAUGGA